CUACUAAUUAACCUCACAACAAAGUUCUCUAAGUUUCAUCUCCUUCACCAUUCAUCACUACUUCACUCACCUUCCUCUUUUAUCACCUUCUCCUUCAUCUCCACCACUAAGCAAAAUUCAUUGAUGGAAGAAAAUUUUGAGUCCUCUCAUGUACCACAACAAAGCAGAAGGAACAAGCUCAGAGAAAUGGUCCAAACCCAAAAACAACAACCACCACCACAACCAUUUCCUCCUUCAUUUCAAACCAGCAUAACUCAACCCUUUGAGACAAAUCCAAUUUCAUCUACAUUUAUUAGCACCAAACCACCCUAUCAUUACUCCUUUCUAGCAAAGAGCUCUUCACAACUAGAACAUUACCCUGCAAGCUUUCACAAUCUUCUUCUUCCACCCUAUUUGGUGGAUCAAAAUCAUCAUGUGCCCCAAGAACCAUGCAGUGAUGUUAGAAACAUUGGUCCUGUGGUUGUUCCUUUUACAGGGUAUGCUUCCAUAUUGAAGAGAUCAAGGUUUCUGAAGCCAGCUCAGCAGAUUCUUGAAGACAUGUGUGGCAGUGUUUUGAAUCCUCCACCAAGAUUGAAUGAAAGUGGUGAUGAUCAUGAAGAAGAUCCCAUCAUUGGAACUAAUGGUAGGGAUGGAGUUCAGCAUCAUUGUAGGGAUUCUGUACUUGGUUGCAUGUUAGAUGAGGUAUACAAGAAGUAUAUACUAUACUGCCAACAAAUGCAAUCAGUGGUGUCAUCAUUUCAGAAAGUAGCUGGGCUUGGAAAUGCCACUCCUUACAUAUCCUUUGGAAUCAAAUCCAUUUCCAAGCAUUUUGGAUGUUUGAAACAUGCUAUCUAUGAUCAGCUUCAGUUCACAAUGAAGAACACUACUCCUGCAUCUAACAAUGUUGUUGAAAAGGGUCUUCAAUCAGUGCAACGCUUACACUCAGUUCAACCUGUCUUGAGAUCCCAAAGAGGGCUUCCGGAUCAUGCUGUAGCUUUGUUGAGGAGAUGGCUCUUUGAACACUUCUUACACCCGUAUCCUACUGAUUCUGAAAAGGAUACAUUGGUUCAACAGACUGGCCUUUCAAGAUGUCAGGUUUCAAAUUGGUUCAUCAAUGCAAGAGUAAGAAUCUGGAAGCCCAUGGUGGAAGAGAUGCACAUGAAUGGGGAACAGAAGGCUCAAGAAUCAGAAGUGAUCCAUCACGCAAGGAAGCCCAUUAUUGGCCCUUAAACCACAGUUAUUAAGCCCAUGUAAAAAGCCUGCCCCAAUAACCAAGAAGAAGAAAAUAUUACUAAAUCGCAAA